AAGGGAAUGGUAGUGAAUUCGGACACACCUUUCGAGUCGUUUUUCGAGACGUCCAACGAAAUGGUAAAUAAAUUGUAUUCAAACAUACAUUGGAGCCAAAGGGGGAACUUUAUGUCAGUGCCCACUGACUGUCCACAACGGGACGAGCGGUUGGGCUGGACGGGCGACGCGGAGAUCUUCGCCCCGACGGCCGCUUAUAACGCCGAUGUGUCCGCCUUUUACACCAAAUGGAUGCGAGAUAUGAGGGACGGACAGUCCAAAGAGGGAGGCUUUCCAGAUAUAGCCCCCCGGAUAGAGGAUCCUCAAGAUGGUGCUCCCGCUUGGGGUGACGCCGGGGUUAUAGUGCCCUACACUGUGUACCGCAUGUAUGGAGACAUUGAGAUCAUUGAAGAUAAUUACUCGGCUAUGAAACGAUGGAUGGAUUACAUCGGAUCCCAAAACCCUUCUUAUAUAUGGACCAAACGAGUGAACAGUAAUUAUGGCGAUUGGCUACAAGUGGGGGCCGACACGCCAAAGGAGGUGCUGUCGACCGCGUACUACGGCUACGACGCCCUCCUUAUGGCAAAAAUGGCGAAAGCAGUGAAUCGUACGGAAGAUCACAAGAAAUACAGUGAAUUGCAUACAAAUAUCGGCAACGCUUUCGUCAAAGCAUUUGUCAACACAACUGACGCCACAAUCAAAGGCGACACUCAGACGGUGUAUGUCAUAGCCGUGGCCUUUGAAUUGUUGCCACAAAACUUGAUCCCAUUAGCGGCCAACCAUUUAGUGGACAAUAUUAAGGCUCACGACUGGCACCUGACCACCGGAUUUGUUGGUGUGGGCUACUUAUGUCCAACACUCAGCCAAUUGGGGCACUCGGAUGUGGCCUACCGUUUGCUACUGCAGGACACAUACCCCUCGUGGGGCUAUAGUAUCAAAUACAACGCGACCACUAUAUGGGAGCGUUGGGAUGGAUGGACCAAAGAAAAGGGAUUUCAAGACCCGAGUUCUUUCAAUCAUUACUCCUUGGGAUCAGUCGGUCGAUGGCUCUUCCAAUCGGUGGCCGGUAUUGACACUCAUGAGGAAGGGGUGGGAUUCAAGAGUAUAGUAAUCGCACCCAAACCCGGCGGUAAUCUUCAGAAAAUGACGGCCCGGUAUGCGUCCAUUCAUGGAUUAAUCGGGUCGAGUUGGGAGACUAACGGCGCUAACAUUACUUUAACAAUUGAUAUUCCGGUCAAUACGAAAGCAUUGAUUGAUUUAUCAUUUCUGAAGCAACCCCUUCACACAACUGUGGGCUCCGGUAGGUAUGUCUAUGAGGGGGAGCUGACACAACCAUUCACUCAAAUAUUGGACUCAAAUUGA